AUGAUUGAUCAGGCCACUCUUCAGACUGCGACAUAUAACAUCAGGCAUAUAGCUACCGGGCAAUACGUUGCUCUCAAGGACACCAAGAGAACAUCGACUUUGAUUGUCCUCCAAGAUAGCCAUUUCGAACACCUUGCAUGGGUUUUGGACAAGCUGGCUGGACUUGAAGACACAUAUCAUGUCAGGAGUUUCCUGCAGAACACUUUUGCUCAGACGGGAGAGUCUCCCAUCCCGGGCGCUGAAAUUAUUUCCGGGACGGAAUCAUACCCGUGGUUCGUUCGUCCUGCUGCCAGCGGGUUUGGUGACUUCUACCUAUCCCUCACUCUAUUGGACCAUCGUGAAGACAAGGGAUGGCACGAAAGUAAGCCUAUCUAA